AUGGAUUCUGAAAAGAGAAUGAGAGGUAGCUGUGACGCCGCUGCUGUUGCUGCUUCUGUUUGUCCAUUUAUACCCGACGAUGUGAUGAUGGAGAUACUGUCACGGAUUCCCGUGAAGGCCCUGAUGCGGUUUCGGUGUGUUUCUAAGCAUUGGAGCUCCUUUGUUUUCCAUCCCAAUCUGGUGAAAUUGCACCUUCAAAGGUCUUCGAAAGACAACCCCAUCCUGUACACAAUAUCCGAGUAUGGCGAGUAUGAUGAUGACGCACAUUCUUUACACUUGUCCUCCCCGCAACGCUUACUCCAGAACCCACCAUCAGUCGUCUACGACCAUGCUAACGGUAUUCCAAUCUUAUCCAAUUACGACAUCGUUGGAGUCUGCAACGGAUUGGUGUGUCUGAGUAGAAUGCAUAAUGAUCUUGACGAAAUUUGGGUCCGAUUUUGGAACCCCGCCACCAGGCUCAGUUCCGAGGAGUCACCCUCUUGUUACAUAGAAUGUGGAUGCGCUAAAAUGGCCUUUGGCUAUGACGCUUCAACCGACACUUAUAAGGUGGUGGCGGCAGUGAUGAGUGACGCCAAAACUCACAGAAUAGAGCUGAGAGUUCUCAAUCUUGGAGAUGAUUGUUGGAGGGAGAUUGCAAGGAGCAGUGAUGAUUUCCCUACGGAAAUUAGUCAAACUAAGGGGAUGUUUCUGAAUGGCACCCUUAACUGGGUGGCUGAACUUGGCACCGGGGAAUCCAAAUCGUAUGUGAUUUUUUCCUUUGACGUAGCCAAGGAGACGUACACCUUUUUGACACUGCCUAAUGUUGUGGGGGAAGGUUUCUCUGAACUUGGAGUUUUUGGCGGUUGUCUCUGUCUGUAUCACAUUUACCGCAGGGAAUCUUUUACUUUCUGGCAAAUGAAGGAAUUUGGAGUUCAUCAAUCUUGGACUCUAUUGAUGAACAUCAAUUACAAAUAUUUUCAGUUUCCCCGCUAUCUCAUUCCGCGUCCCUUGUGCUUGUCUGCAGAUGGGAAUAUCCUGAUCCUGUUUUUGUUGUUCUUGGUUAAUAUCCAAUCCAGGAAACCAAAUGGUAGUUACGAGCUGUUGGUGUUCAUCUCCAUGGCUGCCUCUCUCUCUCUGUCACUGCCAUGGAAUUUGAAGGCAGCAACAACGCCACUGUCACUGAAACUGAAAUGUGGAGCGUUUUCUGAAGGCACUUGUUGUCUUGUUCACAACGACCAUGAUGAUAUGCAAGCUCUCUUACAGAUCCUUCCAUCUGAUUUGCAUCACAAUCUCCUCGGUCAACCUAAUCGCUCUCAACUUCUAGAGGUUGUAUUGGAUUUGGGUCGUUUUCCAGAAGCGCGUUAUUUAGGAAAACACGGAGGCCACUAUUUAAGGAACACAGAGGUAACUGUGAAGGAGUUGGAAUAUGCUGAACAAGCUGUUGGAGAGUUUGGGGAGGACAAUAGAGCUGGAAUUGAGGGUACUUUGCACAGAAUAUCUGCAAUUAGGAGUAGGAAUGGUCACAUAGUUGGUUUGACUUGUCGAGUCGGGAGAGCAAUCACUGGCCAGAUUGACAUGAUUUAUGACCUCCUUCAAUAUGGGAAGAGCAUUUUGUUUGUUGGAAGGCCUGGGGUUGGCAAAACUACUGUCAUGCGAGAGAUUGCUCGUGUACUGUCUGAUGAGCUUCACAAAAGAGUGGUGAUUGUUGAUACCAGCAAUGAAAUUGGAGGUGAUGGCAAUAUCCCUCAUGCAGCUAUAGGUGGUGCACGAAGAAUGCAGGUGCGUGAGCCAUCAAUGCAACACAGAGUGAUGAUUGAGGCAGUAGAAAAUCACAUGCCUGAGGUGAUUGUAGUUGAUGAGAUUGGCACAGAAAUGGAAGCUCAUGCUUGCCGAUCAAUAGCUGAGCGUGGAAUCAUUCUUAUAGGGACUGCUCAUGGACAGAAGCUUGAGAAUAUCAUCAAGAAUCCUAGCCUUUCUGAUCUGAUUGGCGGAAUAGAAACUGUUACUCUGGGAGAUGCAGAAGCCAGAGCGAGAAAUUGUCAGAAGACAAUUCUUGAGAGGAAAGCACCUCCAACAUUUGAUUUCUUGAUUGAGAUGAGAGAUAGACACUACUGGCUCACACAUCAGACUGACAAAAGCGUAGAUAUGUUGCUUCGGGGAAAAAGUCCACAGGUUGAGGUAAGAAAAAGAGAUGAAAAAUGUAAGGUUGUGGUAGAAAAAUCUAAAGCAUACGAUAAAUGCCAGUUUUGA